UUUCCGAGAAAAAGCAGCUCUUGAGAGCAAGAGAGAGAGAGGUAGAGAUUCUAAUCACCCAACAUCCUAUUUCUUUAUGUGCAUAUAGGGAGAGAGAGAGAGAGAGAGAGAGAGAGAGUUGGAAUCAUCCAGCCAUCUAUUUGUAUGUGCGGAUUAGAGUUCCAUCAUCCAACGAUUUAUUUCUAAGUGAAUGUUAUUAGGACCAGACCAAGCCAAAGAUCAAAAGAACCUUACAAGGUGUGAUGUUGGGUGAGAUGGCUGGAGAAGCAGUCACAAGAUCAGCUUUCUCUCAGAAACCAUGUGGGGAUUCCAAUCCUCCUUUAACGAAGAGGAAGAGAAACCUACCAGGAACUCCAGAUCCAGAUGCAGAGGUCAUCGCCUUAUCUCCGAAGACUCUCAUGGCCACCAACAGAUUCUUGUGUGAGAUAUGUGGGAAAGGUUUUCAAAGAGACCAAAACCUCCAACUGCACCGUCGAGGGCAUAACCUUCCAUGGAAGCUUAGGCAGAGGAGCACCAAAGAGCCGAGAAAGCGCGUUUAUGUGUGCCCAGAAAAGAGCUGUGUGCACCACCACCCAUCCAGGGCUCUCGGAGAUCUAACCGGCAUCAAGAAGCAUUUUUGUAGGAAGCAUGGAGAGAAGAAGUGGAAGUGUGAGAAGUGCUCAAAGAGGUAUGCUGUGCAGUCAGAUUGGAAAGCGCAUUCGAAGACAUGCGGCACACGAGAGUAUCGAUGCGAUUGUGGGACUUUGUUCUCAAGGAGAGAUAGCUUCAUCACUCACAGGGCCUUCUGUGAUGCCUUAGCAGAAGAAACUGCAAGAGUUUCAGCUGCAUCAAACAUGAAUAACCAGAUGGGCGCUGGCAAUGUUCAUUUCAUCAGUAGUUCGAUAAAGCCGAACAUGGUGCAACAUUUCCCUUCUAUAUUCAAGCCAAUCACGAACAACAACCAGGCUAUCGAUCAAAGUAGAGGCGGGCUCUCUCUGUGGAUGGGCCAAGGGCCUCAGGACAGUGAAACCUUAAGCAAUAAUCUCUCAGAAUUACAUCAAAUCGGUCCUGCGAAUUCAGGAGCCAUGUAUGUAGAUCCAUUCGCUUCAUGUUCAAGUCAUCAACAAACAGAUUAUCAACUGAAUUGGGUGUAUGGGAGCAAGCUCUCGUCGUUGAACUCAGGAGAACUUACAAGCACAUCGCUAACAUCAGGCAAUAUGAAGGAAGCUGGCAGCCCUCACCUUGUAAGUGCUCCUUCCUUGUACAGCACCCAACACCACCACCACCACCACCCCACACCGACUGACAUGUCGGCGACUGCCUUGUUACAAAAAGCCGCCCAGAUUGGCGUAACUUCAUCCGAUUCAUCUUUCCUUGGGACGUUUGGGAUGAAGUGCGACAACCCUCAUCUUCAAGGUGUAAACAGGUACAAUGGGAUCAUGGGUCCAAACCCAAUUGCCCCAGGUUUCGGUCAUGAUCUAGAGAACUCCUUAAAUGAUCUCUCCGCAUCGAACCAGACACAGAUGUAUCCGUCAAAGCGGCAAAACACACGUAAGGAUGAUCAAGAAGGAGGGCAAACUAGGGAUUUCUUAGGUGUUGGGGUUCAAACUCUUUGUCCAUCUUCGAUCAACGGCUGGAUAUGAAUCUGUGGUGGUGGGCCUCAAUGGGAGGCAAAGCAGUAAUAAAGCUGAGGAGCAUGGAGAGAUGAUGUUAUUUGGAAGCUUUGUAGAGAAGGAGGAGAAGUGGAGGUGAGUGCUUGAAAGCGAGCUAAAAGCCUAAAAGCUGUGUUAUAAAAGAAAAUACUGAGGUUUUAUGCAGAUGUGUAGCAGAUUCGUGCAUAUUCUGAUGGGCCUUUAAAGCUAUCCUUUUGAAAUGAAGUGAUGGGUGGGAGGCAGUGAGAAAGAACCCUCUUUUCUCAUCUCUAUUAUUGCAA